AUGUCGGGUCAUUGGGAAGCUAAGGAGAAAACGUUUCUUAUUACCGGUGGUGCCUCUGGCUUAGGAGCACAGUACGCUGAGACUUUUUUAAAGCUCGGAGCAAAGAAAGUUGCUGUUUUGGAUAUCGCUGAAGCCGUAGGAGAGAAAUUCGUGUCGUCGCUAAACGAGACAUACCCAGGAAAAGCCAUAUUUGUCAAAUGUGACGUCGGAAAUGAAGAUAAUGUCAGUGGGGCCUUUGAAAAGGUGCUGAGCGACUUCCAAAGAAUUGAUGUCAUCAUAAAUAAUGCGGGAAUUAUGAGCGAUGCACCUCAAUUAUGGAGAAAGGCGUGCGACGUUAACUGGCAAGGUUUAGUUUCCUUCACAACGAAAGGCGUUGAGCACAUGCGGACAGACAAAGGGGGCGCCGGUGGAACGAUCAUCAAUAUUGCAUCGACCGCUGCACUUUACAAGUUUAAGACUAUGCCCAUAUACUGUGGAUCCAAAAUGGCCGUCCUACACUUCAGUCAAACGCUUGCGGAGCCGCCAUUCUUUGACCGCACCGGGGUUCGUGUUCUAACAAUUUGCUUCGGACCUACUGCAACCCCGUUGAUGGAGAACCUAAAUGACAGAGCCAUCGACAUGGAUUUAGCUAAAGACUUCUACGCUAGGACGUCAGUUAACCCACAAACGGUGGAAUCCGCGGUGAAUGCCUUCGUAACAAUGUUUGAAGAAGGCGCGUGUGGGUCGAUCUGGUUGUCAGUUAACAAUAAGCCAGUACUAGAUAUUACGGACCGUAUUCAGAACGUUUUCAAAGAUUUCGCGAAACUAAUAACAAACUAG